UGCAUUUUACUUCCACAUAUGAACUGUAUUUUUUCAAAACCAACACUGGCUUUAGCAUGAUUUUCUUAUUUUUAAGUUUUGCGUUAUUGUCUUCCACACUUGGAUGCCUUUGGGAAACGAUUCCACCCUGCUCCUGCCGAACCAUAGGCUUUCACACAACCGAAAUCACCUGCACAGAUGCGAACAAUGUAGAUACACUCCGCAGUUCACUUUCCAGAGUCAAAGACAUGCCUAUACAAACCUUAUAUAUCAUGGAUUCCUCUCUGCUUUACAUACCAAGCGACGUAUUCUUAGGACUAAGAGUUGAACGAAUAUGGUUGGAUAAUUCCACAUUUAGGGAUCUGUCUGAUUCAGAAUUCGCCUUUGAAGGCCUAAGUAACUCGCUUCGAAAGUUAUUUAUUCAAGAUUGUAUCAUCUUCAACGGUUUUCAAUGGCAUGAGUUCAAGAAGUUGGAAAAUCUGACCUCGCUAAUGACUGUAAAAGCAGGUUUAAAUGCAAUUGAUUCAGACAUUUCGGAAAUAGCUCAUCUUCCACUGGCUAAUUUGGAGUUGACACAAGACUCGAUAUCUUACAUAGAUGAAAAUGCUUUCACAUUAUUCGAAAACUUGGCGAUUCUUUCUCUCAAAAGGAAUCUCAUUAAGGAUGUAGCGAGAUCAAUGUUGCCAAACCCAGCCACUAAACUUAAUGUCAUUAAUUUAAGUUUCAAUCUAAUCGAGAGAUUGCCAGAAGAUAUGUUUACGAACAUGCCAGCCCUCACGACAAUCAUUUUAUUAGCCAAUAAGCUAAUCACAGUGGACUUUAACACAUUUUCACCUGUUUGGAGUAGACUGAACAAGAUCGAUUUAUAUGAAAAUCCUAUGCGAUGCGAUUGCCGGAUGACAUGGAUCUUCGGAAGGCCAUUCCCGAAAAAUGUUUGGGCUGUGUGCUGGUCCCCGUCUAACCUGAAUGGAACCACAAUAACAGACAUUCGGAAGGAGGAGCUUUAUUGCUAAGAAUUGAAAACCAAAUACUAUACCUUAUUAUUCAAUAAACCAUUUACUUCAUCUA